AUGCUGGGAAUCGAAGGCCUCUCAGACGCUUCAUUCAAGGGCGACCUGCGAUGGGCACAGACGGCGAAAUGGACAUCAUACGCGCCUUGGGUUGUGCUCGUGUUGGCUAUACUGAGUAUGGUUGAGAUCGCGCUCGGCGCAGUCUGGAUUUCGUCCAUGGACGCAGACUUGAACUUCGCACAGGUAAUCCAGCCGCUGAUCGUGCCGGGGGUCGCGUUCUUCAAUGCAAUACCUUCUCUACAUCUGCACGUGCUUGCUCGGAUCAACCCGCCGCGAUUGGCAAUUUGGUUCUCAACGUCGAUCUCAUUUUGCUACUUCGUGAGCGGAAUUAUAUACCUGGCUUCUUGUGUCGGCCGAGAAUCUUUUACUGGGUCGCUACAGCGUAAUGAAUGCCCCCAGGGCGCCAAAGGCAACGCCAAAGUAUGGGAUGUGAUGGUUGCGCUGCUUUUGGUUAGUGGAGCUUUGUACCUACUUCACGCGGCGAUGGCUUGGAAAGUGAAAAACGCGCUUGAAGAUCGAGAGCGCAGAAUUGAGGCGGGCGUGGAAAUGGUCAGUCAGGAGGAGAUAGAGAGAAGGCAAAGUGAGGCGAGAGAGAGGUGGAAGCACAUUUCUGCAGGCUGA